AUGACAUCCCCAGACAACCAAUUGAUGGAAGAAUCCCGACCUGUGCCCCCGUUUCGUUGUAAUCAAAUUGAAUCAAGUAAGCUUGCCAAAGAAUGGCGCUCCUGGAAGGAGUCUCUAGAGUGCUAUUUUGCAGCCUAUGGCAUUGAUGACCAGUAUAUGAUGAAGGCCAAGCUCCUCCAUUUGGGUGGACCAGCACUUCAGACCGUAUUCAAAAAUUUGAAAGACAGCGAUCACAUUCCUUUAGUCGCUGUUGUCCCCAAAUGGUACGAUGUCGCUGUUGAGAAGCUGGAUGAAUUCUUCGAACCACGUCAUCAAAGUACUUCUGAGCGCCGUAAACUACGCCAAAUGACUCAAAAGAUGGGCGAGCGAUUCGCAGACUUUAUAAUUCGUCUAAAGCAACAGAUUGUGGAAUGCGGGUUCGAGAAAUACGGAUGUUCGUCUAACGAAGUCCGACGUCGUAUUCUGUUGAAAGACCUACCUUUCGACGAAAUUGAGGCACUAGGUAUCGCCCAGGAAAGUGUGGAACACCAAAUGGAAGCAAUCUCGGCACCAACUGGAAAUAUCAUCCGUAUUGGACAGUCUUUGCGUCAAAGAAGAGACAAUCAUGCUUAUCCCAGGAAAAGUUUCUCAGAACGAGCAGGUUUCCAAAGACCAAAUUUGGAUUCCUUCAGAAAGGUCGCAUUCGAAAAGACGUGCUACAAUUGUGGUGGGCCAGGACACUUUGCCUCCUCCAGGAUCUGUCCCGCUAGGGGAAAAAUGUGUCCGUAUUGUAAGAUUUACGGUCACGUGGAGGAGAAAUGCCGCAAGAAGAAAAAUGACCAAGGCUCCGGAAAUCAGUCUGGAAAGAAUCUCAACAAUAUUCAACUGAUUGCAAAUGCUGUUCCCUUGGAUCCUCCCAAGAACAAGGCCGUCGAAGAGAAUAGCCAGGCGAAGGUGUAUUACGCCUUUUAUUCCGGGAAUGAGUCAAACGUUAUCGCGUGUUUGGUUGGAGGUGUCAAAGUCGAAUUACUUGUCGAUUCCGGCGCUGACGCCAAUUUGAUUACUGGCAAAAUGUGGUCCAAAUUGAAACAGGACGGCAUACAAAUCAUUUCUUCUACCAAAGGCUGCUCACGAAUUUUAAAGGCAUACGGAAGCGAUGAACCUUUACCUAUUUUGGGAUCGUUUGUGGCAGACAUUGAAGUUGGUAAGAAAAAGAUUAGAAGCGAGUUUUUGGUCGUCGAGAAUGGCCAAAAGUGUCUGCUAGGGGAUAAAUCAGCCAAAGCCCUUGGGGUGUUGAAGGUCGGGUUUAAUGUUAAUACUGUACAAGGAUCUCAACCAUUCGCAAAGAUUAAAGGAAUACAGGCAACAAUUCGUAUGGCACCUAACAUAACACCAGUGUUCCAGCCCAUGAGAAGAAUUCCGUUGCCUUUGGAAGAGUCGGUUCAUCGUAAAUUAGAUGAGAUGAUGAAACGCGAUAUAAUUGAAAUCAAAACUGGACCAACCAGCUGGGUUUCACCUCUAGUAAUUGUAGGUAAAGCAGAUGGUCAGCUUCGACUAUGCUUGGAUCUACGUCGCGUGAACGAAGCUGUACAACGCGAACAUCACCCUAUGCCACUUGUGGAUGACUACCUAGCACGCCUGGGAAAAGGGCGUAUUUGGAGCAAGCUGGACAUUCGAGAUGCCUUUCUCCAAAUUGAGCUUGCCGAAGAUUCAAGAGAUGUGACAACGUUUAUCACUAACCAGGGCUUGUAUCGUUUCAAACGCCUCCCGUUCGGACUUGUCACGGCACCGGAACUUUUUCAAAAGGCGAUGGAUCAGAUCUUAACCGGAUGUGUCGGGGCAUUCUGGUAUCUGGACGAUGUGAUCGUAGAAGGGAAGAACUUGCAGGAACACGAUGAACGUCUUGAUGAGAUCAUUUCUCGGUUCAAAAAGCAAGGAGUGGAACUCAAUUGGGAAAAGUGCCUGCUGCGGGUUACGGAACUUGAUUUCUUGGGGCACAAGAUUUCACCGCUUGGAAUAAGGCCGAGUGAUACGAAAAUUCAAGCAUUACUUUCCUUUCGUGAACCACAAAACGAGGCAGAAACUCGCAGCUUCUUAGGUUUAGCUAAUUAUAUGAACAAAUUCAUACCUGGUUUGUCAACAAUCGAUGAACCAUUGCGUAACCUCUUGAAAAAAGAUGUGGUUUUCACUUGGGAAGAAGCUCAUAGACAAGCAUUUCAUAAGAUCAAAACUUGCAUGACCAACGUUUGUACGCUAGGGUUUUAUCGAAUUCAAGAUCGAACUGCCCUUAUGGCUGAUGCGAGUCCAAGUGGUCUUGGUGCAAUGUUGAUCCAAUUCAACAACGACAACGAACACCGAGUCAUUAGUUUCGCCUCAAAGUCACUGACGGAAACAGAAAGAAGAUACUGUCAGACAGAGAAGGAGGCAUUAGCGAUAGUGUGGAGCGUCGAACGCUUCCAGUACUACCUACUUGGGAAAAAGUUCGAAAUUUUGUCAGACUGCAAAGCGUUAGAAUUUCUGUUCACUCCACGUUCAAAGCCCUGUGCACGCAUCGAACGCUGGGUGUUACGCCUACACACCUUCGACUAUCAGGUAAGGCACAUUGCUGGGGUAGACAACAUAGCGGACGCUUUGUCACGUCUUUCAGUUCUCGAUGCUAAACCAUUUGAUAGCUCUGAGGAAUUGUUCAUUCACAUGGUAGCAAACACAGCGGUCCAGUCGAUGGCUUUGUCAUGGGAAGAUAUACGUAUAGCAUCACAGAACGACUCUGAAAUCACCAACAUCAUACAAUGUUUAAUCGAUAAUACAAUUGAUAAGAUUCCCUUGGAGUAUAAAAUUCUCUUUCAAGAGCUAUGUCAUGUUGAUGGAGUUCUAUUACGGGGUGACAGAAUUAUCAUACCACAGACACUAAGAGACAAGGUCAUGACUACAGGGCAUGAAGGGCACCCAGGAAUUUCCAUGAUGAAACAAUUUAUGAGAUCUUAUGUCUGGUGGCCAAAAAUGGACAUGGCUAUCGAGAAAUAUGUGCGGAACUGCAGAGGGUGCACACUUGUUUCGGCACCAGAUCCCCCAGAGCCCAUGCAACGAAGCCAGCUUCCGUCAUUUCCAUGGCAAAUUGUUGCCCUUGAUUUUCUUGGGCCUUUACCAGAGGGACAACACCUUUUGGUUGUUAUUGAUUGUUAUUCCCGAUUCAUGGAAAUUUGUGAAAUGGAGUCUACAACAGCUGUAGACGUCUCGCGUGAACUAGCCGUUAUGUUCAGCAGAUAUGGUGUUCCUCAUGCCAUCAAAGCAGACAAUGCACCUCAGUUGAGUGGGCAGUGCGGAGGUUUUAAAGAAUUUUGUCAAACACAUGGUGUUCAAAUCUGGAAUACAAUUCCAUACUGGCCGCAAUCCAACGGAGAAGUCGAGAGGCAAAACCGUUCAAUAUUAAAACGUCUCAAGAUUUCCCAAGAACUUGGCAAAGACUGGAGAGCUGAGUUGCGAAAAUACUUGCUUACCUAUCAUGCAACUCGUCACCCUACUACUGGAAAAUCACCAGGUGAGCUGAUGUUCGGUCGAAGAAUGAAUACUACGCUUCCAACGAUUUCAAUUUUUUCUGAAGAUGAAGCGGUACGUGAACAGGAUGCGGUAGUAAAACAAAAAGGCAAAGAAUAUGCUGAUCACAAGAGGAGAGCCAAGGACAGUGGCAUUGAAGUUAAUGAUCAUGUGCUUGUAAAACGGAUGAGGAAGAAUAACAAAUUACAAACUGAGUUUGCAAAUGAAGAGUUUAUCGUUCGCGACAAAGCUGGGACCGACACCCUCAUUGAAUCCACCGUUACAGGAAAGAGAUACUCCCGAAGCUCUGCACAUUUGAAAAAGCUCAACAUUGAGAAACCGGAUAGUGAAACACAGAAUCCCGAAACAUUGGUUCCGGUAGAGUCGUCAACAAGUCUACCAUCGGUUGGUGUUGAUCAGUCUGAGAAGGAUACUAAAGUUGAAGAUGAGAUAACCACUAACGAAGAGCUUAAGGAAGUAAAGAAAAGAACAAGAGUGCCACCAACAAAGUUUAAAGACUAUGUAUCGUUUGAAUAA